AGGCACUUGUUCCGGGACCUCGUUCACUUUCCCAGCGCCGCCCAAUUCAACACGGUGAUGCUCGAUUUCUUCGCACUUGCGAAAUUCCCCGGCGUCACCGGGUGCAUCGACUGCACCCACGUGCGAAUCAAGAGCCCCGGCGGCGACGACGCGGAGGUGUUCCGCAACCGCAAGGGAGUGUUCUCAAUCAACGUCCAGGCUGUCACCGGCCCCCAGCUGCAAUUUUACGAUGUGGUUGUGAGCUGGCCCGGGUCGGUGCACGACAGCCGGAUUUUCGAUAACUCCCGUGUCCGGGUGCUGUACGAGGAACGCCGGGUGCCAGGGGUGCUGCUUGGGGACAUGGGCUACGCCUGCUUCUUCUUCCUGAUGACCCCCCUGGCAGAUCCCGGUCCAGCUAACACACCACGAGGCAGGUACCAGAAGGCCCACAUCAAGACGAGAAACUCUGUCGAAAGGGCCUUUGGCAUCUGGAAGCGGCGCUUCCCCUGCCUCGACAUGAGGCUGCAGCACAAGCCACGUCGGGCGGUGCAGAUCAUCACAGCCUGCGCUGCACUCCACAACCUGGCCUGCCUGAGAAAGGACCCACAGCCUCCACCUCCCCCAGCUCCGCCAGUUGUGCCUAGGGCACGGAGACCCAGGAGGAGGGCCACACGGCCAGUCCACCUGCCACCCGCCGUGGACACCGUGGAGGACUCCCUCACGGGCAUACAGAAACGGGAGCAAAUCAUCGAAAGAAGCUUCAAGUAGAAACUUCUUUCGAAGUGGAAGCUCCCUUCUGCAAUGACUGAUCGAGCUUUGCCUUAAAGGGGCGGUGGAACAAUAUUCAGUUAUAAUGUUUUUCACUUUACACAAGCUUACUGGCACUAGAGGAACCCUAGUAUACUUAAAUGCAAUGCCGCUGACCAAGAAACAUUUUUUGUUGCAGUGUAAUUUCAGAUAAAAGCAACCAUUUUCUUUCAAUCACUCCUACACAAACGCUCAGGGGUCGCAUUGUCGGUGUAGUCCCCCCUCAGAGCGACAAUAUUUGAAUGCGGCUCACAGAUUGGACCUUAUAGUAUUGCGUGAGCACUCGAUUUGGGCAUGUGAUAACAGCUUGGCAAUCAUUCAGGUAGUGGCUCGUGUCCAAGUGCUGCAACGAUGACAACAGCCAAACCAACAAUGUCUGCGAUUCGGCGCGUGUCCUGUACUAUGAUUAACAUUGGUGCCAUAUAAUCGUCUCCAAAUCACUUGGCCACUUUUUCUGGCUGCAAGUUAAAGGGGGAAACUCUGCCAUUUAUUCCAUUUUUUUCUUCGGCGUU